AGCUCUUCUAAAAAUACUGAGGGCAUGCAGGAGUGUGAGCAGGCUGGGGAGGAGGAGGAGGGUGUGAGAGAGCCUCACACCAUGCUUUCUGGAUGCCAGCUGGGAACAGUUUUGGAAAUGUUCCUCCUGUGAAUGGAGGCACCAUGAACAUUUGGGAAGUGAUCCUGGCUUUCUUAAUUGUGGUGCUCAUCCUCGUCUCGUUGCUGUCCAACGUGCUGGUGCUGAUCUGCUUUCUGUACAGCGCAGAGAUCCGCAAGCAAGUCCCGGGAUUGUUUAUCCUCAACCUGACCUUCUGCAACUUGUUGAUGACUGUUUUGAACAUGCCCUUGACCCUGGCUGGGAUCAUUUACAAGAGCCCGCCGGGAGGAGAACAGCUUUGCUCGAUCGUGGGUUUUCUGGAGACUUUCUUGACCACCAACUCCAUGCUCAGCAUGGCAGCGCUCAGCAUAGACAGGUGGAUAGCGGUGGUGUUUCCUCUGAACUACCAUUCCAAGAUGCGCUACAAAGAUGCUGCGCUCAUACUCAGCUACACGUGGUUGCACUCUGUGUCCUUCCCUAUAGUGGCGACUUCUCUAUCUUGGGUGGGUUUCCAUCAUCUUUAUGCUUCCUGCACCCUGUACAACAAGAGACUGGAGGACAGGACACAGUUUAUGAUUUUCACUGGGGUCUUUCAUUCCCUCAGCUUCCUCCUCUCCCUCAUUGUCUUAUGUUUCACAUAUCUAAAAGUGCUGAAGGUGGCACGCUUUCACUGUAAAAGGAUUGACGUGAUAACUAUGCAGACCCUUGUGUUGCUGGUGGACAUCCAUCCCAGUGUAAGAGAGCGGUGUCUAGAAGAGCAAAAGAGACGGAGACAACGAGCAACCAAGAAGAUCAGCACCUUUAUUGGCACUUUUAUACUUUGCUUUGCACCAUAUGUAAUCACAAGAUUGGUAGAAUUGACGUCCAUAGUCCCAAUCAAUGGACACUGGGGAGUCAUUUCCAAGUGUCUGGCAUAUAGCAAAGCUGUUUCAGAUCCUUUUGUGUACUCUUUGUUACGACAUCAGUACAAGAAGACAUGGAAGGACAUCAUAAACAAAAUCCUUAAAAGAAGUUCAAUAAAUUCAUCAGCCCUCACAAGCGAAUCGCAAAGUCGGAAUAUUUUUCAAGCAAACGAAUAA